CCGUUCGAUUCGUUUGUUUCCUCUCGAUGCUCUCGCUUUUCGUCCUCUCUGCUCUAGUCUUCGCCCUAACAACCUCGAAUGAUGUCACAAAGUCUUCACAAGACGAAGACCUCGAGCCUUCCGUUUUAGUCGUCUUUCUGGCUAGAAACAAAGCUCACGCAUUGCCGUAUUUUCUCGGCUAUUUCGAACGUUUAACAUAUCGCAAAGAUCGUAUUUCUAUCUGGAUACGGACUGAUCACAACGACGAUGAGACGGGCAGCUUGUUGGCCAACUGGAGCGAUUCUGUGCGGGCGAUGUAUCGACACGUUGACUUUGUGCACUCGCUGGAUGUCGUGUAUGUGGGCAGUGGUAGAGACUGGCCGCGUGAACGGUUUGAGCAUUUGUUGAGGUUGAAGGACGAGGCGUUGAAGUUCGCUCGUGAGAUUGAUGUUGAUUAUGUACUGUAUAUCGAUAUGGACAACAUUAUUGUCAACCCAGACAUGCUGUCGCAACUGAUUGCUCAACAGAAACCAGUUGUUGCACCAAUGAUGGACCCUCCUGUCCGAUCAGCUAAUUCAAACUUCUGGUGUGGAGUUGAUGAAAACGGGUAUUACCGUAGAACUGAGGACUACUUUCCAACCUUAUAUCGUGAGCGCUUGGGCUGCUUUGAAGUGCCCAUGAUUCAUUCAACAUAUUUAAUUGACAUGCGGUUUCCUGGAUCUGAGAAGCUGACUUACAUUACUGGUAACGAGUAUAACCUUGGGUUUGAUGAUCUGUUGGUGUUUGCCUAUCAAGCAAGAAAAGCAGGAAUGAAAUUAUUUGUAUUAAAUACAGAAGUGUUUAUGCGAAUGCCAUGGACUAGUGGCGAAUACUCAUCACUGCAAAAUGAGCAAGAUAAAACUGAGACUUUCUUUAUCAAUGAGCUGAGUGCAGAUGGUCCAGUAAUUCGAAGUGAACACCUCCCAUACACUAAGCCACAGAAGACGAAGUUUAGCUUUGACAAGAUCUAUCUAAUAAACUUACCACGAAGGACAAGCAGACGAUUGAGGAUGACGUCUGUUCUUGAUUAUUUGGGAAUCGAGUAUGAAUUUGCUGACGCAGUUGAUGGCAGGAAUUUGACAAAACAGGAUUUAAAGGACUUUGGAAUUCAGAUGCUAGACGGUUAUUCUGAUCCUAUAAACGACAGGCCUUUGACAAUGGGAGAAAUUGGCUGUUUCCUUAGUCAUUUCAAGAUUUGGGCUGAUGUACUCGCAAAUGGAUUUAACGAAAUUUUGGUGUUGGAAGACGAUCUUCAUUUUGAAAGUUAUUUCAGAACAAACCUUGAGCAUUUGGUAGACGACAUCAAAGACAAAAAUCUCGAUUGGGAUCUUAUUUACCUUGGUCGAAAGCGGCUUAAUGAUGUCAGUGAACCAGCUGUGAAAGAAAUGACAUUAUUAGUACAACCGGGAUACUCCUACUGGACUUUGGCAUACAUGCUGUCAAAAUCCGGUGCAAGGAAGUUGAUUCAGGCAAAACCUCUUUCGAAAAUGAUGGCUGUUGAUGAAUACUUAUCUCUCAUGUUUGACCAGCAUCCACGAGAUGAUUGGAAAGGUAAGUUUGAGCAUCGUAAUGUGCAAGCUUUCUCGGUCGAUCCACUGCUGAUUUAUCCAACUCACUACACUAAAGAUCAUUCGUAUUUCAGUGAUACGGAGGCAUCGACUGUAGCGAUUGAGAAACAGGCAAAGGAUGAACUCUAACAAGUGCAUGGUAUUUCAAAGAGUUUCUAGCAGAUAUUGUUGUGCAUUGAUAUUUACUAAUACCUUGUUCUACCUGCUCUGUCACUAGAAUCUAAUACUAUCAUAAACUGUACCUUGGAAGGUACCUAAAA